CAAACCAAUCCAAGCAAUACCCAUACAAAGAUUGAAAGAGAAAGAAAGAGAGAACCAUGAAAACCAGUUGCAAAGUCCUCAUUCCCAUUCUUGUGAUACAGCUUUUGAUAGUUUUGUGUGUUUCACAGAGUUUUGAUUUCUUCUAUUUCGUUCAACAGUGGCCAGGGUCUUACUGUGAUACAAAGAGAAGCUGUUGCUACCCAACCACUGGAAAGCCUGCUGCAGACUUUGGCAUUCAUGGGCUUUGGCCCAACUACGAUGAUGGGACUUAUCCAUCUAACUGCGAUAGCAAUGCCCAAUUCGAUGCAUCUAAGAUCUCAGACCUGAUCAGCAGUCUUCAAGCAAACUGGCCCACACUUAAUUGCCCGAGCAGCGAUGGUUUGCGAUUCUGGUCUCAUGAAUGGGAGAAACAUGGGACCUGCUCAGAAUCUGUCCUUGAUCAACAUGGAUAUUUCCAAGCAGCUCUCAAUCUUAAGAAACAAGCGAACCUUCUCCAAGCCCUUCAAACUGCAGGAAUGAAACCAAAUGGGGGGUUUUACAGUGUAGACAAAAUUGUGGAAGCUAUAAAAGAAGGAACUGGAUUCACUCCUGGAAUAGAAUGCAAUGUUGAUACAUCAAAGAACCAUCAGCUCUACCAGGUUUACUUAUGUGUAGACACUUCUGGGUCUAACUUCAUUGAGUGCCCAGUCGCCCCAAGAAGCCGCUGCGGUUCGCGGAUUGAAUUCCCUACUUUUGGUUCACAAGAUCAGCAGUACAUGGAACUGUAACUGAGAUUAUCUUCAGAAUCAAAUAGCUUACUCUUAGGUUUAGGAAAAAGAGCAGGCUGUAACAAUUUGGUUAGUCUCACCCUUCACCAUUGUUUUGUUUAGGCAUUUUGUAGCUUUGGGCUUUCUUGCCUCCCUACUAGCUUCCUCUUAUCUUCCAAUAAAAUUCUCUUUUAAGAA